UUUAGAAUAUCUCAAACUUGACCAGUAUAGAUUUAUUACCGAUUUAUCUAUCUGUAAUAUUGCUAACUCUUGUUCAAAGCUCGAACAUCUUGAUAUCGGCGUUAGCGAUACUUUUGACAAAUCUAUCUUAGGUACAAAUAUCAGUAAAGACGCUUUGAUCAAACUUGAUCCAAAGAUUGAGGUAGAGCAGGAUUCAACACUUGACAUGAGACCAGAAGAAGAACUUAAUGAUCUCCAGACAUCACUUGUUUAUUUAGUGCAGGAUUUAUGGUUAAGUUAUGUAAAUCUCGAAGAUAUUGUACAAUACUGUGAAGACAAGAUUAAAGAUGAACAUUAUCAAAAAUCAAUCGUGAAAUUGAAACGGAAUAUGAGAGGUACGGUUGAAAGACUUAAUUUAAUGUUCGUUCCACGUGAUAUAAAAUAUAGAGGUAAAGAACUCCUAUCCUCGCAUAUGAAAUUUCAAACUACACGAAGUGAAUUCCAUCAAAGAUUACGCAAAAAUGACUUCUCUCCUUAA